UCUGAAAUAGGGCAUAUGCCGCGAAAAAGAAUAACCACCAAAAACUGAAUCUUUAGUAGCCCUAAUCAGCAGAAGGCGGCCAAAGGAACCAUAAUUCUGCCGGAGCGCCGCCACUCUCUACUAAUAGCUGGUGCAUAGUUGAAAUGCUGGACGAGAGAAAAUUUGACGUGCAGUUGAAUUUGUGGGCGCUUCGAAUUCCGCGAGAGCAUUGCAAGCUCGCUACUCGGAUCCUCAGUGGAUAUUUGCUUGACAGGCCACGGAUCAAACCUAUAACAGAAGAUCCAACAUGUGAAAAAAAUCGUUACAUGAUAUUAUCAGAGAAAAUUCAAAAUUCAGAUUUAUCUGAAAUCCCCAGUCAUAAAGUUGAUGAAUUGAAAGAGCUCUGUGAGAUUCAAGUAGUUCCGUAUUCCAUGACACUUGGUUAUUCCUAUUGGUCUGCAGAUCAUAUAUUGAAGCAGAUUCUGCCACCUGGGCUAGAAGUACCUUCAUCAUUUGAGACAAUAGGUCAUAUUGCCCACCUGAAUAUCACAGAUGAAUUACUCCCAUAUAAGGAUGUUAUAUCAAAAGUUAUCUAUGAUAAAAAUUAUCCACGAAUCAAGACAAUUGUCAAUAAAGUUGGAACAAUAACGAAUGAGUUUCGCGUGCCAAAAUUUGAAGUGUUAGCAGGAGAUUGUAAUAUGGUUACAGAGGUGAAGCAGUAUGGAGCUAUUUUCAAGCUUGAUUACGGCUUGGUCUAUUGGAAUUCCAGAUUGGAACAUGAGCAUUUACGGCUAAUUUCAAAGUUCCAGGCUGGGGACACUGUUUGUGAUAUGUUUGCUGGGAUUGGUCCAUUCGCAAUUCCAGCAGCACAGAAAGGAUGCCAAGUGUAUGCAAAUGAUUUAAAUCCAGAUAGCAUUCAUUAUCUGAAGAUUAAUGCAGAAACUAACAAAGUUGCUAGUCUAGUCCGUGCAUACAAUUUAGAUGCACGGAAAUUUAUUUCUUCUCUAAUGGAAGUGCCUACAAGUGAAGCUUGUCUUCAGUCUGAUGCAGCAAACUGGAAGACUUCUGAGAAAGAUGAGAUUCGUCCCGACUCAGAAAAAAAGCUGGAAGCCACUUAUCCAACUGGUGCUGUACAAGAAAUUUCAGAUGAGAAUAUUGCUGAUGUUGAAAGUAAUGAACAGUUGAGGCCAAAAGAUGAUGCAAAUUCAGUCACUGUAAAAAGGCGCUCUGAAAGUUUGUUUGAAGAAAGUGGAACUGCUAGCAAUGCUGGCGAUUCUGCGCCUGAAAGGAAGAAAAGGGGCUUGAAUAAGCGCAUUAGCGGCUCUCAGCAAUUCAAUGCAAAGCCCUGGGAGCACAUUGAUCAUGUCAUAAUGAAUCUGCCAGCCUCUGCUUUGCAGUUUCUUGAUGUCUUUAGAGGUCUUAUCAACAAAAAGUACUGGAAAGGAUCUCUCCCAUGGAUCCACUGCUAUUGCUUCAUACGAGCAAACGAAACAGAGGACUUAAUAAUUUCAGAGGCAGAGGCAGCAUUGGGUGCUAGCAUACAAGAACCAACAUUUCACAGGGUUAGAGAUGUUGCCCCAAACAAGGCAAUGUUCUGUUUGAGCUUCAGACUGCCCGAGGAAGCAUGCAUUACUGUUGACAUGGCCAAGAAUGCCGUUCAUGAUGAAGUCAGGAUAUCAUGACAAUCAAACUAUUUCGCAAGUAGACUGUGGGCUUUUUUGCUCCAGCUGCAGGCUAUAUCCUGCAUCACUUUCUUGGUCAAUUGGGGGUGAAAAAAUGUUAAACAUAACUGAUUAGGUGAAUUUUGGGUUAGCGAACUUGUUGAUACUCAGCAAUCUCAAAUUUUCCAGCUUUUGUCUAGGUAUUUUGUCUUUUGUCAAACGGAUUUUGCCAAUAGAGAGGCAGAUGAAAAAUUUCUUCAUUAGGGGUGUAGAGCUCUGUAGAAAAAUUUUGUGUUAAUGAAUAUUCCUCAUGGAUACAAAGUAAGAAGUUUGAGGUGUCAAUU